UCUGGUGUAAAAUCUUCCCGGCGGCCAUAGCAGUCUAGGAUCCUGUUACAAACCGGGGAAAGAGGAUAAAUAAGUUAUAAUCCUGAAGAACAAAUCCUUCAUAACAGGACUUUAUACGCGAUUAUAACGACUCUUCGCUAUUUAAACAUAAUGUCAGACAAAAGCGAGUUGAAGGCGGAACUGGAGAGAAAGAAACAGCGCCUUGCCCAGAUCAGGGAGGAGAAGAAGAGAAAAGAGGAAGAGCGCAAGAAAAAAGAAACUGAAGGACGUGGGGAAGGUGCCUCUCCGCCCAACGAUGACUCUGAUCUGGAGAGGAAGAGGAGGGAGACGGAGGCUCUGCUGCAGAGCAUGGGCAUCACCGAUCCUGCCAUGGUUCAGCCUCUGCGAAUAGUAACAGAGGAUACAUGUCUGUUUCAUUAUUUAGUCCCCCCUCCCAUGUCUCCCUCUGCCAAAUCAGUGGGCACUCCGAGUGAAACCGGCAGCCAGGACUCGGUGGAUGGCGCCGCUGGACCCAGGACUCUGCACUGGGAUUCUGACCCCUCUACCCUCCUGCUGCAUUCAGACUCUCAGCAUGGACGAGGUCCCCUCAGGCUCUGCAUGGCUAAACUGACUCAGGUGGACAUUCCUCCCCGAGAGCUCGUGUCGUACUCUAAGGAGACUCAGACACCCGUCAGCACUCAGCCUAAAGAUGCGGAAGAGGAAAACGAGGAGGAGGAUCUGGCAGUGGCACCGGCCGCUCUCGAGACUCACGAAAACGAAAAUGAACCUCACGCUGAGGAAGAGGAGGCGCCACCUCAUGAGCUGACGGAGGAGGAGAAGCAGCAGAUCCUGCACUCGGAUGACUUCCUGACAUUUUUUGAUCACAGCUCUCGCAUCGUGGAGCGCGCUCUCUCUGAGCAGGUGGAUGUCUGUUUCGACUACAGUGGACGAGACCUUCAGGACAAAGAAGGAGAGACCCAAGCUGGCACCAAGCUGUCGCUGAACAGACAGUUCAUAGAAGAGCGCUGGUCCAAACACAGAGUGGUCACAUGUCUGGAUUGGUCACCUCAGUACCCGGAGUUGUUGGUGGCCUCCUACAGCAGUAAUGAAGAAGCUCCUCAUGAGCCGGAUGGUGUGGCGCUGGUGUGGAACAUGAAGUACAAGAAAACAACAGCGGAGUAUGUCUUCCACUGUCAGUCGGCGGUGAUGUCCGCAGCGUUUGCACAGUUUCAUCCGAACCUGGUUGUGGGCGGGACGUACUCUGGGCAGAUCGUCCUGUGGGAUAAUCGCAGUAACAAGCGGACACCAGUACAGAGGACACCUCUCUCUGCCUCUGCACACACGCACCCGGUGUACUGUGUGAAUGUCGUCGGGACUCAGAAUGCUCACAACCUCAUCAGCAUCUCUACUGAUGGCAAAAUGUGCUCCUGGAGCCUGGACAUGCUCUCCACACCUCAGGAUAGCCUGGAGUUGGUGUUUAAGCAAUCUAAACCAGUGGCAGUGACAUCUAUGGCAUUUCCUUUGGGUGAUGUUAAUAACUUUGUGGUGGGCAGUGAGGACGGCACCGUCUAUACCGCCUGCAGACAUGGCAGUAAAGCGGGGAUAAGCGAGAUGUUCGAAGGUCAUCAUGGCCCAGUUACAGGGCUUGACUGUCACACAGCCACCGGACCAGUCGAUUUCUCUCACCUGUUUGUGACGUCUUCCUUCGACUGGACCGUCAAGCUGUGGAGCACUAGGAACACUAAGCCUCUGUACUCGUUUGAGGAUAACUCUGACUACGUGUAUGACGUCAUGUGGUCUCCUGCUCACCCUGCGCUGUUUGCCUGCGUCGACGGAGUCGGGCACCUUGACUUGUGGAACCUCAACAACGAGACUGAGGUUCCCUCAGCUUCAGUGACAGUAGAGGGGAACCCUGCACUAAACCGUGUACGCUGGGCCAAUUCCGGUAGAGAGGUCGCCGUCGGUGAUUCUGAGGGUCGUGUACACAUCUACGACGUAGGAGAGCAGAUCGCCGUGCCGCGGCCGGACGAAUGGACCCGCUUCCUUAAAACGCUCAGUGAACUCGGGGAGAACCAGGAGGAGGCAGAGGAUCUGGCAACCCAGCGCCUUGCCGCCUGAUUUGACUCCUGAGCUCCUCGCAGUGAUCCUCACACUCCAAGGGUCAGAGGUUUUAUAUUUCUGUAGAGCGAGGCUAAAGCUUCCUGUGUGACAAUCUCGAGCUUCCCUUCACUGCGCUGAAACACUUCCACUUUAAUCUGUCAGGAUGAUGGAAAAUGAUGAGUGUGAUAAGCACAAUAAAAGAAGUUAAGGGAUGUGUUUUUAGAAAGUAGGGAAGAUCACGAGAGCUGAAGCUCACGCUAAUCCACUAGAAACCAUUAUAUUAAUCAGUGCACUGGCGAACUUCUCUAUUUUCCGGGCUUUAAGAAGUGUUUUUUUUUCCUCUAGCAGGAUGUAGAUGUUUGUUUUAUUGUGAUUUGCCCCAGUUGUUUUGUAUAUUUACGGUAAUUAAUUGCAGUUUCAUUUUAAAUGACAUUAAAUUAACACCACCGUUGACUUUGACACUGAUAUAAAACCUCGUGAACUGGCAUUGUGUACAUGAAUUAGCAUCACUGUAGCCCCAAACAGAACUAACAGGAGCCGGAAACAAGAAAGCUGUAGUGUUAAACAUGUAGCUAGCUAAUGAUAGCUAUGCCGGCUAAAGAGUUUCUGAGGUAAAAUUUCAUGCAAGGGAUAACGUUUUCACGUAAUUAUGUUUCAAAUAACAGAAAUUUAACUUAGAAUGAGGCUUUCAGUGUCUGUUCGCUAGUCAGCGCUGGUUGGUAUGAUUUACACAACAAAAUUACAUGUAUUUUUUUUUUAUAUAUAUAAUCCGGAAGAUAUGGUAUUUAUUUGAAGAAAAAAACUCCUUUUUUAUAAAAUCUUAUGAUUUGUGUAUUAGUGUGUUUAUGAACUAGCCUAGCAUAACAUUGGAAUGCUGAUGUUUGUUAAGCACACUGAAGGAGAAAAGCACACACACACGUCACUGAUGUCUAAAAACCAGCAAGAAGUGAAAUGAAGUCGAGUUUUGUGUAGCAGACGCAGCUGCAGUUUUUCAAAACACACUACCUGAGUGUGAGUUAAACUCUUUACGGCGGUCAUUUUGUCCUAGAAAAUACUUCCUGAUCCGAUCCGAUCCUCUCCUCUCCUCUCCUCUACUCUACUCUACUCACCCAGGCCCUAGAGAGUCAAGUGUGUGAUUUGAGACAGAUCUCUUCUUUUUCAAGUUUUCACUAAAACUUUUCCAAUAUUUUUGUAAAAUCUGAAUGAUUAGUGCUCCUUUGGAAAAGAUUAGCAUUGAUGAUUUUAAUCUGAAAUGUUUCUACUUUAGUGUAAAGAUGUUCAGUGAUGCUUUGUUUUAACCACUAAUAUUUAUAUAUUUAUAUACCUUCUCUUUUAACAGUUAAUACAUUAAUAAAAUAAAAGGGCUGGUGAGUUUACCCAUAGCAUGUUCACCUAACGUCAGAAUUGCUCUAGUAACCGAAACGUACUAGUAAUGGAUAUACUGAAAAAUAUGUUUGUUAGCAGUUAAGCUAAGUAAACCAUUUUUUUUAGAAUUAGCUUUUAAGACAAAUCUAAAGACAUAAAUCUAAGACAAAGGGCAGUGGUUAAGGCUAUGGGUUGUUGUUCAGAGGAUCGGGGUUCAAGCCCCAGCACCACCGAGCUCCACUGUUGGGCAGUUGAACAAGGUUCUUAACCCUCUCUGCUCCAGGGGCACUGUAUCAUGCGCUCUGACCCCAACUUCCUCAGCUGGGAUAUGUGAAGAAAAGAAUUCCACUGUGCUGUAAUGUAUGUGUGAGGAUAAUAAAGGCUUCAUGCCCCUUCAUAAAUGCUAGGGGGCUAAAUCACUCGAUAUAUUGACUGUCUAUUCUGACUGAAAAUGAGCGACUGUUAAGUGUUAACGUGUGUUUGCUCUCCGAACUGCAACUUUUGUCCUUCCUGUAAUUCUGACACAACGUGAACAUGCUAACAUUUACAAUCCCGUAUCGUUUACAGGCUGGUGUUUAACAUGCUGCACUGUUUUUAAAACACUUUCUUGUACUAUAUUAAAAUAACUUUUUACGUCA